CAUUUUUUCAAACUGUUUUCAGGAAAUUUUGCAGUACAAUCUCUUAUAAAAACGAGAUAUACAGGUUAGGAUUCAGUAUUUUCAGAGAAAAGCUGAAACAAAGCACAUCAUGAAGGUCGUAAUUGUUCUUCUCACUUGCCUUGUAGCAUCAGCCUACUCAAGACAAAUUGUCAUCAAAUAUGUACAACAGCCAGAGUCAGAUGGUGGUGCAUCCACAGUGGAUGUACAAAAACCUAAAGAGCGAGGUAUCUUAUCCGAUGCCUUCCACGAAGUAGGAAACUUUGUUGCAGACACUGCUGAUACUGCAGGAAGAAUUGCACAGGGUAUUGUUGAAGUGCCAGCUACUUUGGUGGGCAAAACUAUUGAAGAAGCUGGAAAAGGUGCUGCUAAAGCUCUGCGUGAAACUGGCAAAGCAGCUGAAAAAGCUGUUGAACAUGUGGAACAUGGAAUUGACAAUAUAUUUGGAGGAUGGGAUAAAUAAACACUCUAGCAUAACUUUUGAUGAUCUUUUUAAUUUUUCUUUUAAUAAAAUAAUUGAGUAAUUUC